UUUACUUCUGCUGCAGUUUAGCUUCAAUGAACAAAUUCUCUCAUUGAGUUUUUUAUAGUAGAAUACGAGUAACCUUAAAGUAAAACAUUGAGCCAUCAUACUGCCAUAAUGAUUGAUAGUAAUCCUGAAAACAAUGAUGAAAUUAAAGACAAAAUGGGAGGAGAAAAAGAAUUACAACUGACUCCUAGGUUUCCAUCCAAACCUUCCAGUUCUGAAUUGUGGACCAACAAUUGUCUUUCCAUGAGCAAGCAUGAAGAAGGCUUUCUGGAAAAACCACCUUUAUCUUACAUAGCCUUAAUUGCAAAGGCAAUUCUCUCCUCCCCUACAAAUAAGAUGAAUUUAGCUGCAAUUUACAAGUAUAUCGAGGAAAAUUUUCCUUACUACAGGAACAAAGAUCAAGGUUGGAGAAACAGUGUGAGACAUAACCUUUCACUAAAUGAUUGUUUUAUCAAAGUGGGAAGAUGUGAGGAUGGGAAAGGUAAUUAUUGGAGCAUCCAUCCAACAAAUGUAAAUGAUUUUGUUCAUGGGGACUUUAGGCAACACCGAAGAACACGAAAACGAGGGCGUCAAAAGGAUUUGGAGCAUGAUCUUGGUAUGAGUUAUUACGCGCCAUGGCAAAAUUGUUCCUACUUAGCACCAUGCUCACUUUACAGAACACAUUCCUAUAUUGUGGACCCUGUUUGGAAAAUGCUUUAUGUUGACAGUCUGUACCUUGCGCAUGAAUAUCAGAAGUGGAAUGUUAAUUAUGGUUUCAAUGUGGGGAAGUUUUCACCCUUGAUACAGUUUGCCGGACUGAAGAAGAAUGAUGUGGACUGGUUCUAUGGAUCACAUACUUCAACAACUACAUGGCAGAAUAUUUUUCUGAAUGUUCAACAGGCAAUCCCUAAUUCCAUUUUUUUCCCUUCUGGAAGUCACUGAAAAGAUAAGCAUUCGGCCACACUUGUGAGUAGCAGAAGGAAUGUCACUUGCACUUGAAGUGCAGUAAUUUCAGAGGGAAUUGUAUUCAUGAACAUUUAUAUAGAUAUAGUACAAUAAUAUAUAUUGUAUGUGUGGAGACAGAGAGAAUCUCACCUAGUUACCUAAGCUAAUAAUUAGCAAUGAUUUAUGAAUUAGAAUAUUAGCUUUUGCAAUUAUAACAAUUAAUGCGCUUUUUAAAAUUUCUACUUUAUACAUCAUUGAUUUUGUAUAGCCUAUAAAGCAUGAGAAAAAUAUCAAAUAUGACUGAUCACCCAACAUAAUUAAACUAGAGUUGCCUUAUACCAGUUAUACAGUUAUAUAAUGUCAUUUUUUUUAAACUUAUGCAUGUAUUAAAAAUUACAUAUAGCAAUAAAUA